CUUCCAGCCUGCAGCAGCAGCACACACACACACACCAGAAAAAGCUGACACCUGGCUGGAUCCCGUGCACGGCCGCCGUCCCACUCAUGCCUUGGAAAAGACCCAGAAAAAGCGACCUGAACCGAGGGGAAGAAGAGGCGGGAGCAGACGAAGGAGGACACGUCUGAACGUAACGGAAGUUGUCAUUUUGCACGGUGGACCCAUAAAACACAUUUAUAGAUGUCAAAAACUCUGUUCAGCACAUUUAUUAUGACUUGUGCAUUCACUGCAAUAAGUAAAGUGCAAUUAAUCCCCCCAAAAAUCCCCAAACCGUGAUCUCUUUGGUACUGUUUCAGGACAUAUAAAUACCAUCUCGAAGGUAAACACACAUGGACCAUCACAGUUUAUUUUCCCACUGUGCUCUUGGCAGCACUUGGCCAAUCUCCUUAGCAGAGACAUGUUUCAAGGAUUAUUUUCAAAACUGCCCCCCAUCCCCCAAGUUGCCUCUUAAUUAUGAUAUAGGUUUUAGCAUUGUGUGUGUGUGUGUGUAUCCCCUCAAGAGUGUGAGGCGAGGCUUUUCCACAGUAUGUUUGUAUGGAUGUGUGAACGAGGACCAAAGUCAGCUGCAAGAUGGAAGAGCACAGCCUGCUGGUCAUGGACACACAUGUUGAAAAUGGUGUGUGUGUGUGUGUGUGUACAGUGUGUAUCCUAGCGGUGUAAGCAGCACAUUACAGACUGCAAGGCUUCUUCCCAGGCUCUUAUUUCUGCUCGUCUGCAGAGUGAAUGAUAAACUUGAGAGAAGAGACAUCAAUAACUAGUUAAAGGUGGAGUCAGCAAUUCUGGAAGAAGAUAAACAAUUACUCCCACCCCAGAAGUACCGUUCCUCUCGCUCCCACUGUGUUAAUCUUUAGACAUCCGUGGCCUUCCCCCUGGCCUGUGCACGAGCAUGAACGCCCCCCUGUGCCGAUUGGCUGAAAUAGCCUUGUUAUUUUCCCAUUUGCAGAGGAAGUGCUGAGUGAGAACACCAGUGUGAGGAGAUAUUCACUGAAUCGACUAGAAUCGCUGAUGCAACACUUUUACACAUUAAGAUCAGUUUAUUAGUUCAGUUGUUUUAUGUGUUUAUGGCUCUGAAUGGAGAAAAACAACCACGGUGAUAUUAAUUAUGCAGGCUUUUAGAGACUACACAUGGAUAUCACAUGUUGUUACAAACUAAACUGUGAAAACACUAUCCUGUCGAAUUAUGGGAAGUGUAGGAUUUAAAAGUCAAGAUAUCUCAAAUAUACCAUAUAGAUGCAAAAUCCUCCAGAUGUGUUCUAAUGUUUUAAUCUGUAAUAUGAAUGCUUUUUUCAAGAGACCUCACUGCAUACACUGUGUUACAUGUGCACUUGCUUUCUCCUCCACUGCAGAACAAUGGCAGCUGCACCCCUGCACUCUCUCUGUCUACCCCUCACGGUGCUCCAGCUGUGGUUACUCCCCCUGGCCCACGGCGGGGCGUAUUAUGGACAGAAGCAGCCCCUGCCUCAGUACAACGAUGGGUAUCCUCAGCAGCAGUUUUUGGGGAACGAGAUGCCACACCUGCCUUAUGGCAAAGAAGGGUCAUCACUGCCUCAGUAUGGACAAGAGCUUCCUCAGCUGCCUCUGCAAAUGGGCAACGAGAGGCAACUGAGUGAGGGCAAAGGACAAACAUUCCCCAGAGGGGCCAAAGGUCCACCUCCCCAUAUUGCAGGUGGAGAAGGUCUCAGAGAGGGACCACAAGGUGUUCAGGGUCCCCCAGGACCAAGAGGACCAACAGGACCACAAGGCCCCCCUGGGCUACCAGGCCAGGGAUUGUCAGGGCUCCCAGGAAAGCCAGGGCCUCCUGGUCCUCAAGGCUACCCCGGAAUAGGAAAACCUGGCAUGCCCGGAUUGCCAGGCAAAUCUGGAAGACCCGGAUUACAAGGACCAAAAGGUGACCUUGGUCCUCAUGGUGGAGAAGGACAAACUGGACUUUCUGGGCCUCCAGGGCUCCCCGGUCCCCCUGGACUCCCGGGGAUUUCAAAACCAGGAGGUCAAGGGUUUCCUGGCCAGCUGGGUCCUUUAGGGGAGCCUGGCAUCAAAGGGCCACCUGGGAUUCCUGGACCUCCAGGCUCCAAGGGAGAUAAAGGACACGGUCAGCCUGGUUUGCCAGGUUUAAAAGGACCUCACGGACCACCAGGUACACCUGGAAAUGUGGGCAUCCCUGGGGUUGGCAAAACUGGCUUGAAUGGUCGACCUGGACAACCAGGGAUACCAGGAAAACUUGGUCCUCCUGGAGAGUCCGGGCUGGCAGGGCCUCCUGGUGAAAGAGGUCAACCGGGAUCAUCGGGCUUGACGGGAAUUGGAAAACCGGGAAAAGAUGGUGUAAAAGGACAACCGGGGUUCUCUGGAGGGAAGGGAGAAUCUGGCCCUGCUGGUUUACCAGGGGGUCCAGGAUUGCCAGGUUAUGGUAAACCAGGGUUUCCAGGACCUAAAGGCCACAAGGGUCAUGCUGGUCUUCCUGGACCUUCAGGUUCAAAAGGUGAUAAAGGUCAUGCAGGUCUUACAGGGGUCAUUGGUUCCACUGGUCCGAGCGGUAUGCCUGGCCCACCAGGACCAAUAGGGCAUUCCGGUAGUCUUGGCUUCCCAGGGCAAAAGGGAGAAGAUGGUCUUGGGGGACAAAAAGGAUAUCCAGGGAUGAAGGGUGAAUUAGGGCCCCCAGGUCUUCCAGGACAGCCGGGUUCAUCCGGUGUCGGUGGACAACUAGGUCCAAGAGGUUUACAAGGGCCUAUCGGACCUAAAGGAGGACCCGGUAUGAAGGGUUCACCCGGUGCCCCUGGUGCUGCAGGAUUAACUGGAUCAAGAGGAGGAGGGGGGCAACCUGGAGAUACAGGCUACCAGGGACCACAAGGUAUCCCUGGGCUUACAGGACCAGGAGGACCACUUGGACCUCCUGGGCGGCCAGGGCCAAAAGGCGAAACGGGCCUAUCUGGUAAACCUGGCUAUCCUGGGCAGGGGAAGCUCGGAUCCCCCGGUAAUACCGGUCCUCAAGGAAACCCUGGGCCAAGUGGCCCCGCUGGACUUCCAGGGCAACCGGGACAACCAGGACCCCCCGGUCCUCCCGGACUAUCCAAUGCAUCUCCUGACCUCGGACAGAUCCUGCCGGCGACGGGCUCAUACACCGGCCAAAAACAAGGUUACAAGAAUGGAGGCAAUGCGGGUGGAAAUGGCGUGGAGAUGCCCGCGUUCACAGCCAAGCUCACGAAGCCGUUCCCUCUCGUUGGCUCGCCCGUCGUCUUCGACAAACUCCUGCACAACGGCAACCAGGACUACAAUCCCCAGAAUGGUCUUUUCACCUGCAGUGUGCCGGGGGUCUACUACUUUGCCUACCACGUCCACUGCAAAGGGAGUAAUGUGUGGGUGGCACUGAUGAAGAACAACGAGCCGGUAAUGUACACGUACGACGAAUACAAGAAGGGCUUGCUGGAUCAGGCGUCGGGGAGCGCCGUGCUCCCGUUGCGAGAGGGAGACACUGUGUAUAUACAGCUGCCAUCCGACCAGGCUGCAGGACUUUAUGCCGGUCAAUACGUCCACUCUACGUUUUCUGGAUACUUACUGUACCCAAUGUAAGAAAUGUGUGUCAACAAAGGAGACGAUAAUGACAUUGAGGGUGUCUUUUACCAUAUGUAUGGUAAAACUAAAGCAAAGGUACAAUGUGGGUCAAGUUGAAUGGUUUACAAUGAGUUGUCUGAAUAAUACUUUUUCAUAUAAUAGCAACAUAUUUCAAUGAAUUUUUCUUUGCAUUACAUCUUACAUCGAUAGAGUCAGAAAGUUAUGCAGUUUUUAAAAUGGGCAGGGUGUGUUCAUUUCUUAAAUAGAUCUGGUCAUUGGCUAAAUUAAGUCAUGCUACAGCAGAGGUAAAUAAAUACUGUUACACUUGUCAUAAUUCUUGUGAGUUUACAUUCUGCAUUUAUUCUUAUAUCCAUCCACACUCAAUAUAUCUGCUCAUGUCAUGGCUGGAAUAGUUCCUGGAAAACAAUGACGCUUUUUGUUGCAGAAUUACUUUUUUACAGUUCUAUACUGCGUACUGGGCACAUACGAACGUAUUGGUUUCAUUGUAAAAUGCAUUUAUUCACAGCUGUCAGUACACAAUGCUGUAUUAUGUCUUGAAGGUCAUCUUACAGUUAUGACGUCAUUGUUGGUAUUUUAUGGUAUUUUAAAAAUCUGUCUUUUUAAUACAAUAAUAUCGUAUGACAACUCUUUACAUCAUCUGACUGUAAAAUAAGUAUUUGAGUCCACAAAAGAUCGGUUUUGUUCACAAUUUGGCAGUUGAACUACAAUUUGAUUGUUUUGCUUUUGACUAUUUGAUGUCAUGAUUUGUCUUGUUUUAUUUGUAAUAGACAUGAAUUCUUUAAAAGUUUUUUGUCAGUAUUCUCUGUAAUUUAUUUGUUUGACUACUGAUUAUUUGGGAUUGUGUUCAUUUCUGUGUGUUGACAGUAAAUGACGGAAUACAUAAAAAAAUGCAGAUCGUACACGUUCAGUGUCAAAACAUAAAACACAAAUAUUGAAAAAUAUGCUCCUCAAACCCAUUCAUACCACCGUGUGUCUUUUUAUUUGUAUACUUUAUUUCUUUGAACUGUGUCGUUUUAUAAUGUUGUAGUGUUUUUUGUUAACUUUGGACAAUAGUGCACAGCAUAAAAUGGGAAAUGGUGCCGAAAGUAUGUGAGGUGUGUUGCUUUGAUUGGUUGAUUAUUGGUUUAAUAAAAAAAUGUAAACAUUG